GAAGGAGAAGAAGAAUUAUCGAAUUCGGGGAGACUGCAAUUUCGCCAUCUCUCUUUUAUUUGUCGUUCCACAUGUUGAAGAAUCAUCGCAAGUAAAUUCCUAAUGUAUACACUCGUAUUGUUCAAAAUUCGGCGAAAAAACCUGUGCUAAGUGCAAAGCGUAAAUCAUAGUUGCAUAUUUGUGUGAAAAAUUGCGUAAAAGUGAGGGGCAAAGUGUACAAAAGAGCAGUGGAAAAAUUGGAGAAUUCCUCGUGGGAAGGUGAAGUUAGCCAUCAACGGGGGCACACCAUACGACUUUUCCGUGUGCCAGAGUGAGACAGAAUAACAUUCUCUCUUCAACGCCAUUUUGCCACGAAACCCUUUUUUUCUUAAAUAUUUCGAGAGGAGAUACUUAUUACCAGCAAAAAUUUACUAGGCCACAGAGAUAUCAAAUUGAGGACAGAGAGUAUUCUUGGCUAGUUUUAUUUAGGUUUGAGUGAAGGGACAAUUGUUUGGAAUUGUCCAGUGCAUCUAGUGUUCAUAAGCGCAUUUUUGUGUGAAAGCAGGAAAAACGGGAAAGCAAGUGGAAAAAAUGUCGAACGAGGAGACGUCUGCUGAUCGCAAUGUGGAGAUAUGGAAGAUUAAGAAGCUCAUAAAAAGCCUGGAAAUGGCCAGAGGGAAUGGAACCAGCAUGAUAUCGCUGAUAAUACCGCCGAAGGAUCAAAUUUCACGUGUGAGCAAAAUGUUGGCUGAUGAAUUUGGAACGGCGUCAAAUAUCAAGUCACGUGUUAAUCGUCUGUCAGUCUUGGGUGCCAUAACAUCAGUGCAGCAUAGACUUAAAUUGUACACCAAAGUGCCUCCCAAUGGUCUCGUAAUAUAUUGUGGUACGAUUGUGACGGAGGAGGGAAAGGAGAAGAAGGUCAACAUUGAUUUUGAACCAUUCAAGCCGAUUAAUACCUCGCUAUAUCUCUGCGACAACAAAUUCCACACGGAAGCACUGACAGCCCUCCUGGCUGAUGACAAUAAAUUUGGUUUCAUCGUGAUGGAUGGCAAUGGGGCACUAUUUGGCACACUCCAGGGCAAUACACGUGAGGUACUGCACAAAUUUACAGUGGAUCUGCCGAAGAAGCACGGUCGUGGUGGACAGUCGGCAUUGCGUUUUGCCAGAUUGCGCAUGGAAAAGCGACAUAACUAUGUGAGAAAAGUGGCUGAAGUUGCCAUUCAGCUCUACAUUACAAUUGAUAAGCCAAAUAUAGCUGGGCUGAUUUUGGCUGGAAGUGCUGACUUCAAAACUGAACUCAGUCAGUCAGAUAUGUUUGAUAGUAGAUUGGCAAUGCGAAUCAUCAAAUUGGUGGAUGUUUCGUAUGGUGGUGAGAAUGGAUUUAAUCAGGCAAUUGAACUGGCAGCUGAAUCCUUGGCUAAUGUUAAAUUUAUCCAAGAGAAGAAGCUCAUUGGUCGAUACUUUGAUGAAAUAUCCCAGGAUACUGGAAAGUACUGCUUUGGUGUUGAGGACACCCUAAAGGCCCUCGAAUUGGGUGCCGUGGAGAUUUUGAUCUGUUGGGAAAAUUUGGAUAUUCAGCGGUAUGUGUUGAAAAAUCAUGCAAAUUCAACGUCAACAACAGUAUUGCAUUUGACACCGGAACAGGAAAAGGAUAAAUCUCAUUUUACUGACAAAGAAAGUGGUGUGGAAAUGGAGCUAGUUGAGUCACAGCCACUCCUUGAAUGGUUGGCAAAUAAUUACAAGAGCUUCGGUGCUACAUUGGAAAUUAUCACGGAUAAGUCACAAGAAGGAAGUCAAUUUGUUCGAGGAUUUGGCGGAAUUGGAGGUAUUUUACGCUACAAAGUAGACUUCCAGAGUAUGCAACUAGAUGAUAUGGAUACUGAAUGCUUCGACUUAGAUGACUACUAAAUCAAUAAAAUUCGCGCAAGAAAAUGCAGUGAAGGGGAAAAAAUAUUGAAAGUAAGAAAAAAAUACCAUUUUGGAUAAUUAUGAUUGUGAAUAUAAUCUUUGUGUUAUCGAGAAAUUAAAAGGGAGAGAAAGCAUCAGAUUUUAUUCUGGGGGUCUAAUCAGUACGUUUAAUAGACAGGAAAAAAACUUAGAUUUUGUGAGAUAUUUCGUGUGGAAGCGUGAAAAGAACUUAAGGUGUGAAAGAGGUUCAAUAAAUAACGCGUAAAUAGUCUUUUGAUUAAUAUUUAAAAAAAAUACGUACCACCCUCUUGUUCUUACAAUUUUUAAUAAUGGCAAAAUAUACAAAAAAAUUAAUUGGCAAGCGAAAAGUCUCAAUAGAUAAAAGAAAUUAAUAAUUUACUGGAAGUAGAUCUACUUAUUAAUAUGCAAAAAAAAUUGUUUUCCAGUUUAUUUUUUUAAAGUUAUUCCAAAAUUUUCAGUAAAUUUUUAUUUUUGUUUUUUUUUGUUGUCGCAAGUCGUGCAAUAAGUUGGUUUUUUUUUUGGGAGAAAAUUCAAUUUUUUCAGCACAGUUCACAUGAUAAAUUUUUGAAGAAAAGUUAAAUGUACGAAAUAAAAUAAUUAAUUUAUUUGUUGUUUCCUUUUUAUAAGCCAUAUUUAAAUAAUUAGAACGUUUCGUAUUUGCGCCUCUUUUGUAUCACACGAAUAUUGCAGAGAUGAUUUCACUUAAAAUAAAUAUUCUCUUAUCACUGUAUAAAAAAUAAAUAAAUAAAUAAAUCAAGUAAUACGAAUUGAUAAAAGCGAAAAAAAAUUAUUUUGUAAAUAUUUGUGGAAAUUAUAAAUAUUACAUGAUGAAAGGUAUAUUGAUGAAUAAAUAAAAGUAGUUGACAUGAAGAUGAAAGAAAAAACACACAUUUUAAUUACGGGAAAAAAAAUUAUUUUUAUUCAAAAAAUAAAAGUGCUAAAAAAAUUAUUAGUAAAAAAAAAUCAUGAUAUCAAAACAGAGAAACGGAAUGACUAAAAAAAUACUUAAUCAUGAUUAAUCUUUCAUCAAACGAUAAAUUGAUUUGAAUGUUCGACAAGAAUAAAUUACACUAAUUGAAGCUGAUUUAUUAGUUCAAAAUGAAAAUUAUGAAAUCUGAUAUAUAAAUUAAAAAAUAUAUAUAUAUAAUUUGUGUGGCAGCAGCAACAAAUUUGGUAAGAAAAGAAAAAUAAAGAAACAGAAUAAACGGUCAUUUAUACAGAAAAAA